UAAAACGACUAAGCAGUGAGGUCGUUUUAUUAAGUUCCAUUGACUAGACGUUCUAACAAGGAGUCCCACCCACCGCGUAGUGCUCUCUUCCUGCUUUAGUACGGCAUCUCCGGCCAAAGCUAACUGAAACCGAAACAGCCACCGAUCACACCACACCAUGGACAGCAAAAACGUCGUCGUUUGCGACAACGGAACCGGAUAUGUGAAGUGUGGAUUUGCUGGUGAGAAUUUCCCUACCUCCGUUUUUCCUUGUGUUGUGGGGAGGCCAAUGCUCCGAUACGAAGAAUCUCUUACCGAGCAAGAGUUAAAGGAUAUUGUUGUUGGCGAGGGAUGUGCAGACCUGCGACAUCAGCUUGAUAUAUCUUAUCCUGUGACCAAUGGAAUUGUCCAAAACUGGGAUGACAUGUGUCAUGUGUGGGAUCAUGCAUUUUACAACGAAUUAAAAAUUAAUCCGCAAGACUGUAAGAUUCUACUUACUGAUCCGCCUCUUAAUCCCUCAAAGAAUCGUGAAAAAAUGGUCGAGACAAUGUUUGAGAAGUACAAUUUUGCUGGAGUGUUUAUCCAAAUCCAAGCUGUUCUAACAUUAUAUGCUCAAGGUUUGCUUACUGGAUUAGUUAUAGACUCGGGUGAUGGUGUCACUCAUGUGGUCCCAGUUGUUGACGGCUAUUCAUUCCCUCAUUUGACAAAACGAAUGAAUGUAGCUGGCCGGCAUAUAACUGCCUAUCUCGUUGAUUUGCUUUCAAGGAGGGGAUAUGCAGUGAAUAGGACAGCUGAUUUUGAGACUGUUAGGGAAAUCAAAGAGAAGCUAUGCUAUAUAGGCUAUGACUACAAGAGGGAAUAUCAGUUGGGGCUUGAAACCACUAUCCUUGUUAAGAACUAUACUCUUCCAGAUGGAAGAGUCAUUAAAGUAGGCACUGAAAGGUUCCAGGCCCCUGAGGCUCUUUUCACACCGGAACUUAUAGAUGUUGAAGGUGAUGGAAUGGCUGACAUGGUGUUUCGUUGCAUUCAAGAAAUGGAUAUUGACAACCGGAUGAUGCUUUAUCAACACAUAGUUUUAAGUGGAGGGAGCACCAUGUAUCCUGGAUUACCAAGCAGAUUGGAAAAAGAAAUACUUGAUCGUUAUCUUGAUGUUGUUUUGAAGGGAAACAAAGAUGGAUUGAAGAAAUUGCGACUAAGAAUUGAAGACCCACCACGUAGGAAACACAUGGUGUACCUUGGAGGUGCUGUCCUUGCAGGAAUAAUGAAGGAUGCGCCAGAGUUUUGGAUUAACAGGGAAGAUUAUCUAGAAGAAGGACUGGCUUGCCUGAGUAGGUGUGGCCAAGCUUGACUUACAGAGUUCCAUUGAUGACCAAAAAUAAGACAUUAUUUUGUGAAGCAAAAUCACAUCAGAGAUUGGGUGAUGAAUACUCAAAUCAAAGCUAUAAUAUUUGUAACUGCCUUCACCAGUUUGCAUUAAAUGCUGUUGUCCCUGUAAAUGUACUGAAAGCUAGUUUUGAAAGAACAAGAAGUCUCGUUUCUUGAUAGAUACGACAAAAGAAUUAAUGUAGUAUCUUGCUUGCUACCCAAUUAUUGUUGCAACUUUGUUGCCAUAUUUGGUGAAUAAAAAACAGUGUAAAUACUUUCUUGAGAGUC